GGAGAGUCGCAAAACCUUUCCAUAUAUAACACACCGGCCAUCGUUGUUCGAGCGUACUCGUGAGCGCGGCGAAUCGUUUCCAAGCUACUUUCGCUGAAGCAAUUGUGUUUGUCGAAUUUCCGUGCCAACAUGACGGACGUGGAAGCCCAGAUGACGACUGAAAGCGUCGAGCAGGUUGAAGAUCAGAAAAUGGAAGCUACCAAUGGAGACGGAACCGACGGCUCCAAUGGAACAACUACCAGCACCGCCGACGCUGAAGACCGGAAACUCUUCUGCGGUGGCUUGUCCUUUGACACCACCGAUGCCGAUCUCCGAUCACAUUUCGAGAAAUACGGUGAGAUCCAAGAGUGCACCGUGAAGAUGGAUCCCAUGACCAAGAAGAGCCGCGGUUUCGGUUUCAUCACCUUCGGAUCGAAGCAGGCCGUCGAAGACGCCAUCGCCGGCGCGCCGCAUACGAUUAAAGGCAAACAGAUCGAUCCCAAGGCUGCCAAGGCUCGACCCGGCGCCAAGAAGGUAUUCUGCGGCGGUCUCCCUCCCGAGACGACUGAAGAAGAGAUCAGAACAUAUUUCGGCCAGUACGGUAACAUCGAGGCUCUCGAGUUGCCCGUGGACAAAGAGAAGAACCAACGCCGUGGCUUCAUUUUUGUGACUUACGAGACUACUGCUGCCGCCGAUGCGGCCGUCAAAAAGCCCAAGCAAACUAUCAAUGGCAAAGAAUGCGACGUCAAGAAGGCUACACCCAAGAACGAUACUUAUCGCGGAGGCUGGGGAGGCUACGGCAUGCGCGGAGGACGAGGCGGACGCGGUGGCGGUCGCGGUGGACGAGGAGGAUACAACCAAGGUGGCUGGGGCGGUUACGACGCCUACGGCUACGGUGGAGGAUACGGUGGCUACGGCGGAUACGGUGGCUACGGCGGAUACGAAGGAGGAUGGGGAGGACCUCAAGGAGGCUACGGAGGCGGCGCCCAAUGGCAACAGGGCGGCAGCUAUGGCAAACAGGGCCGAGGAGGAAGAAACACCGGCUACCAUCCCUACCGCUAGACUGAGUUGUCGAUUGAGACAGCUCUGCUCUGAUCGUUUCCAUCUAUCGAACUAGCCGCGCCCCGAAGUAGCGGGAAGCUCUCAUGGUCGCUUGCUCGGUUGGUCGGUAAAAGGAUAAUGAUGUCACAGAGGGAGAAUCGCGAAAGAAAUCGAGGAGGAAAGUGUCUCGUAGAUGAGGUGUCGAUGCAUGAGCUAGACGUUGGCCGACGGAACGGAAAGAUACAUGUCGUAGCUAAAACGAACACUCCGGUCCUUCCCGACCGACAGAAUAAAUCGUAAAUGUCUGAAAAAAUUACCGAUGAGAAAAGCACGCUUCAAGCGAUAAAAGAAUGAAAAAAAAUCCUUGACUUUUCUAACAACAGGCACUUCAUAGAACGUAGACGUUCAAUUUAAAUCAUUCGUCACCUUUUCUGUUAGUAGCUUCGUCUGAGAUUAGGCUGCCAAACUUAGAGGAUAGAACCUACGUAAACAUAAAGAGAAACGAAAUGCGUAUCGCAAACACCUCAAGCUUCAGCGUCGAAACGAUUCGAUCAUUCGGGAACAAGUCGCGAUGAAAUUAUUGUAAAAAUGGGAGAAUUUUCUGAUUGCCGCUCUGGAAAGUCCUCCCCGCUUAACGGUUCGUCUGUACAUAAAUGGAAGCUCCGACCUGUAUGCUACAAAUAAAUUAAUUCACAUCCUUAAAUAACAAAA